GGAUGUAGCGUGUAUACUUGAGUCUGUAACGUCACUUGCGCAACUGUGACAGAUAAACAUGGCAUCGUCCUUACAUCGCCUCGCGUCUGCUGGGAGAUCUCUUCUUCAAAGACGUUUACUGAAGACAAAUUCUUUAAGCAGGCCGCAGCUCACAGCGGGACCGCAAAGACCCUUGGCUACUCAGGCUGCUCACCAGGUGGUUCUAAAUGUUCCUGAAACCAAGGUGACCACUUUAGAAAACGGACUCCGGGUGGCUUCUGAGGACGCUGGGCUUACCACCUGCACGGUUGGCCUCUGGAUAGACGCAGGCAGUCGCUACGAGAAUGAGAGAAAUAAUGGCACAGCACAUUUCCUGGAACAUAUGGCAUUUAAGGGAACCAGGAAGCGCUCCCAGCUGGAUCUGGAGUUGGAGAUCGAGAACAUGGGGGCUCACCUGAACGCUUACACGUCCCGGGAGCAAACUGUGUAUUACGCCAAAGCUUUUUCUAAAGAUCUUCCACGAGCCGUGGAGAUCCUGGCUGAUAUCAUCCAGAACAGCACACUGGGUGAGGCAGAGAUCGAGAGGGAGCGAGGGGUGAUCCUCCGAGAGAUGCAGGAAGUAGAGACCAAUCUGCAGGAAGUGGUUUUUGAUUACCUGCAUGCUACUGCGUACCAGUCCACAGCUCUGGGCAGGACCAUCUUGGGCCCCACAGAGAACAUCAAGACCAUCAACAGAGGAGACCUGGUGGAGUACAUCACCACUCACUACAAAGGCCCCAGAAUAGUGCUGGCCGCUGCCGGAGGGGUUUCGCACAACCAGCUCGUCGAUUUGGCCCAGCAUCAUUUUGGAAAACUCCCCGCCGCGUGUCGCAGGGAAGCCCCGGCGCUUCCUCCGUGCCGCUUCACGGGAAGCGAGAUCCGCGUGCGCGACGACAAGAUGCCUCUGGCUCACAUCGCCGUGGCCGUGGAGGCGGUCGGAUGGCCUCACCCUGACACCGUCCCGCUCAUGGUGGCCAACACGCUCAUCGGGAACUGGGACCGCUCCUUCGGCGGAGGAGUGAAUCUGUCCAGCAAACUGGCUCAGGUGGCCUGUCGGGGAAACCUGUGUCACAGCUUCCAGUCCUUCAACACCUGCUACACGGACACGGGCCUGUGGGGACUCUACGUGGUGUGCGAGCCCGGCACCGUCGAUGAAAUGAUGCGCUUCGCUCAGAUGGAAUGGAUGGCUCUUUGCACCAGCGUGACGGAAAGCGAGGUGGCGCGAGCCAAAAAUCUGCUCAGAACCAACAUGCUCCUGCACCUCGACGGAUCCACCCCCGUCUGCGAGGACAUCGGCAGACAGAUGCUGUGCUACGGUCGCAGGAUCCCUCUGCACGAGCUGGAGGCCAGAAUCGAUGCCGUCGACGCCGCGACCGUCAAAGACGCGUGCACCCGAUACAUCUAUGACAAGGCUCCCGCCGUCGCGGCGGUCGGUCCCAUCGAACGGCUGCCCGACUACGACCGCAUCCGCGGCGGAAUGUUCUGGAUGAGGACCUGAACGACGGACGGAGGACUCCGAGGACAGACUGCACAUGGACACGCCUGCUGUAUUUAUGUAGCUUCUUUAAUACAAAAUAAAGACCGACACGACAAUGUUAAAA